AUGCUUCUCCACUCCUUACCCCGUGCUGCUCGUGCCUCGUCGACCACCUCGAAGAUUUGCACACGAGCUACUUCCUCGACUAUUCGAAGCUUUCAAUCCUCUGCGCGCUCGCUCGCCCCAACUUUCACCGCAGUUCAUCAAGCUCCCAUCACUAGCCAAUCUCAAUCCCGCUCCGCUCACGCCAUCUCCAACCCGACCUUAGCCGGCAUAGAAAAAAGAUGGGAAGCUAUGCCUCCCCAGGAGCAAGCUGAUCUUUGGAUGGCAUUGAGGGACCGCAUGAAGGUGGAUUGGCAUGAAAUGACUUUGCAAGAGAAGAAAGCAGCUUGGUGGAUUGCUUUUGGUCCUCAUGGACCUCGCGCGGAAGCACCCCCGGGUGAAUGGACCAAGGUUUUCUUAUAUACGAUGGCUGGCGUUGGCAUUUCGGUUGCUCUAUUCUACGCCAUUCACUCUUUUGCCAGACCACCGCCAAGGUCAAUGACCAAGGAAUGGCAAGAGGCGACUAAUGAAUAUCUCAAGUCCGAGAAGAGCAAUCCUCUCUACGGUAUUAGCAGUGAAGGUUAUAGCGGCCCGGGUCAUGUUCAGAGCAAGUCGGCUAAGUCCCAAGGUAUCAGCCUAGAAGCGGAAGAAUAA